AUGGCUCAUAGACUUGGCGGUCGCAGAAAGAAUGUCAAGAAGGGUUUCCAGUUCACCUUGAUGGUUGUUGGUGCUUCUGGCACUGGACGUACCACCUUUGUCAACACUCUUUGUGGAUCUAAUGUCCUCGCUAAAAAGAUCUGCGACAACCCUGAAGAAGCUCAUAAUGAACCAGGCAUCACCAUUAAGCCCAUGUCUGUUGAAUUGGAUGAAGAUGGUGUACGGAUCUCGUUGACCAUUGUUGAUACGCCUGGUUUUGGUGACAAUAUCGAUAAUGAACGAUGCUUCCAGGAGAUUGUUGGCUAUUUGGAAAGACAAUACGACGAUAUCCUCGCUGAAGAAAGCCGUAUCAAACGUAACCCAAGAUUCCGCGACAAUCGAGUACAUGCCUUGCUUUAUUUCAUUUCACCUACCGGUCAUGCUCUUCGCGAGAUUGAUAUCGAAUUGAUGCGUCGCCUAAGUCCUCGAGUCAACGUGAUCCCUGUGGUCGGUCGUGCAGAUUCCUUGACACCCCAGGAGUUGCAUGAUUUCAAGCGAAGAAUCAUGGAAGACGUUGAGCAUUACAACAUUCCCAUUUACAACUUUCCAUAUGAUGUCGAGGAAGAUGAUGAAGAUACCAUUGAGGAAAACAGCGAGCUCCGAGCAUUGCUACCCUUUUCAAUCAUUGGCAGUGAUGAGGAGAUUGUUGUCAAUGGCCGUACAGUACGUGGUCGUCAAUAUCCAUGGGGUGCUGUGGAAGUGGACAAUCCCCAGCAUUCGGAUUUUGCUCGUUUGCGAUCAGCCUUGUUAAGUUCUCAUCUUCAAGAUCUCAAGGAAAUCACCCAUGACUUUUUGUAUGAAAACUACCGUACCGAGAAGCUGAGUCGUACCGUGGAUGGUGGUGAACAAGAGGAUGCUUCACUCAAUGCUGAUGAUAUGGCUAGUCAAAGCGUACGUUUGAAGGAGGAGCAGCUCCGAAAGGAAGAAGAAAAGCUUCGGGAGAUUGAGCUCAAGGUCCAACGUGAAAUUCAAGAAAAGCGUGCCGAGCUUUUGAGCAAGGAAGAAGCACUUCGUAGUCUUGAAGCGAGAUUGGCUCAGGCGCAGAUUUCCGAAGAGUAA